AUCAUUGUUAUAUUUAAACAAUGUUAGAGAAAAACUUUUCAAUAAUUGAUUAUUUGGUGUUUGGCGUGUUUUUAUCAUUUUCAACAUUAAUUGGUAUAUAUUUUGCAUUAAAAAAUCGAAAAAAUCCAUCAAAAGAUGAGUUUCUUACGGGAGGAAAAAAUUUGGAUGUAUUUCCCGUUUGUAUGUCUUUGAUCGCAAGUUUUCUUUCGUCUAAUACAAUCUUAGGUGUACCGGCUGAGAUAUAUCUAUUUGGCACACAAUAUUCAUUACAUUUAAUAACAUUCACAAUCGCUGUAUUAUUAGCAGCCAAUGUAUUUAUGCCCGUCUAUUAUAAGCUCAACCUAACCAGUGUUCAUAAGUACCUUUUGCGUCGAUUUGGUAUGAAUGCGGUCAGAUUGUCCGGAUCAAUUGGAUUUAUAUUAUGCACUUUGCCAUAUCUUGGAGUAGUCCUCUAUGGGCCAUCAAUAGCACUCGCUUCCGUAACCCCAUUAUCAGUGACAACAUCGAUAUUAGUUGUUGGAGUUAUUUGUACUUUUUAUACAUCUAUUGGUGGUAUAAAAGCGGUUAUUUGGACGGAUGUUAUGCAAACUAUUUUAAUGUUUUCUGGACUUCUAAUGGUAGCAAUUGUGGGGUCAAUAGAGUCUGGUUUUAUCGAGUCGUGGAAAAUUGCUUACAAUAAUAAUAGACUUAAUAUAUUUAAUCCAACAUUCAGUCUUUAUAGAGGAGACAUAUUCUGGUCAGUCUUUUUUGGAACGUUGACUAAUUGGACAGGGACCUAUUGUGUCAAACAAACACAAGUUCAACGAUAUUGUUGUUUGGGAUCACCAGCAAAGGCUAAAAAAGUUUUAUAUUGGAAUAUUCCGGGUGUUUUAAUAAUAUCAUUUUUAGCCAUUUGGUGUGGAAUUGUUGUAUUUGCCAAAUAUAAUGGUUGUGAUCCCAUAGCACUUGGAUUUAUCGAUAGACACGAUCAAUUAAUGCCUUACUUUGUAAUGGAUACUCUAUCAAACUAUCCCGGAUUACCAGGGUUGUUUGUUUGUUGUGUUUUCAGUGGUUCAUUGAGCACUUUGUCUUCCGGUUUUAACGCAUUAGCAACAGUCACUUGGGAUGACUUUGUUAAAAGAUAUUUUCGAGAUAUUAAAGAGAAAAAACAAUUAAUGAUUACUAAAAUAAUUGCUAUGUCAUACGGCAUUUUAGCCAUUACUAUUGCAUUUUUCAUCGGCAGAUUGGGAACUGUGUUACAAGCACAUCAUGCAUUGACCGGAUCCAUUGCCGGGCCAUUAUUAUCACUAUUUUGUUUGGGAAUAUUUUUUCCCUGUGUUAAUGCAAUUGGAGCUAUUACUGGAUUAAUAUCUGGAAUAGCAAUGUGUUUAUUAAUAACAAUCGGUACAAUAGUAUAUCCCCGACCCAGAGGAUUUCAAUUACCAGUAUCUGUGAACUCAUGUCCUGCAGAAAUCAUUGAACACAUAUCGUACGCCACAUUCACAUCUGCCACACAAAGACAUUAUUCAGUCGAUUAUCAUCCAAAAGGAAUAUUACAAAUAUUUCAUAUAAAUUAUAUGUAUAUUUCGUUUAUUGGUUUUAUAGUAACAUUAAUUGUUGGUCCUUUGGUGUUGUAG